UCUUUCCGAAACUCACGCGCGCCUGCGCAUUUGCGUCGACAGACAAGAUGGCGACUAGCAAUGGUGGUGGAAUGGAAGUGGAUGAAGCAGCAGGGCCCAGCGUCAUGGCCUCGGGGGUCACUGGGAGUGUGUCUGUGGCCCUGCACCCGCUGGUCAUCCUCAACAUCUCAGACCACUGGAUACGCAUCCGGGCCCAGGAGGGACGUCCCAUGCAGGUGAUCGGUGCCCUAAUUGGGAAACAGGAGGGUAGAAAUAUUGAGGUGAUGAACUCCUUUGAGCUGUUGUCCCACACAGUGGACGACCAAGUGCACAUCGACAAAGAAUACUACUACACAAAAGAGGAGCAAUUUAAACAGGUUUUUAAAGACAUGGAGUUCCUGGGGUGGUACACAACAGGCGGCCCCCCUGACCAGUCUGAUAUCCACAUUCACAAGCAGGUGUGUGAGAUCAUUGAGAGUCCCCUUUUCCUCAAACUCAACCCCAUGACAAAGCACAGCGAUCUUCCUGUCAGUGUGUAUGAGUCAGUUAUCGACAUUAUCAGUGGAGAGGCCACCAUGCUGUUUGCGCAGCUGACCUACACUCUGGCCACAGAGGAGGCUGAGAGGAUAGGAGUGGACCAUGUGGCCCGCAUGACAGCUACCGGCACAGGGGAGAACUCUACAGUAGCAGAGCACCUUGUAGCCCAGCACAGUGCCAUUAAGAUGCUCCACAGCCGGGUGAGGGUGAUCCUGGACUACGUCAGAGCAGUGGAGGCUGGUGAGGUUCCCUACAAUGGUGAAAUUUUGCGAGAGGCCAACGCCUUGUGCCACAGGCUACCUGUGCUCAGCACCAUCAAGUUCAAGACCGACUUCUACGAUCAAUGUAACGACGUGGGUCUCAUGGCCUACCUGGGCACCAUCACAAAGAGCUGCAACAGCAUGAAUCAGUUCAUCAACAAAUUCAACGUCCUCUACGACCGCCAGGGCAUCGGCCGAAGAAUGAGAGGCUUGUUCUUUUGAGGAGGAACGAAAGAAAGCUAUUACAAACCCCAAAGAUGGGAUGCAUUUGACUCUUGAGCUGCUUUCAUACAUGGCCUAAUGUUCAGAAUUCUCCGCAGUGGUGUGUUUAUGAAAGGCAAGGCAAUUGUCAAAACUACACAAAUAGUUUCCAUGAACUUGCUUAUCUGACCAGACGCCGUAAAAUUCAUAAAUCUAUGUCGGUUGGGUAUCCACUCAAAUCUAUGAAAUGUUUUUGCUCUCUCAUUAACUCCCUCCUUGGUUGUUCACUUGAAAUUGAUUGGACCUCCUCCACAAAAGUCUGGAUUAUUUUCUUCCCCUUGGAGAUAAGUCUGAAAGCAGCUUGUUUGAUGAUGGAAGAUUUUGCAUGUUUUACAGACAACAUUUUGGCAACUCAACUGCCAACCACAGUGAAAGAGUGGAUGUGUCAUGGCACUUUUGAAAGGUCAACUGUAAACAGCCUUUUGCCCACGUGUGUGUGUGUCUGUGCGCAUACUAUGGUAUCUUGUACAGUUGAACUGCCAUUGUACCCUAUCCCCCACUUCUAAUUAUUCUGCAUAGUCUUUAAAAUGUUAUUUUGUUUUAUUGUGAAAGCUGAAGUUAUCAGCAAUUAAUAAAUGGUAUUGUUUCUUUAAAAUAUGA